GUUAAAAUUGUAGGUUGUAUGAGUGUGUAACUUAAUGCCGGGUCCGAAUAGUGGCUAUAGGCACCUGGGUCUCAAUAGCAACCGGUGCUGCACUUCGUUGUAUGCACUUCGGUGGUACAAAUUUCCCACUCUGCUACCAUGGAAUCUAUCAAAGAGCCAAAUGGACCAGUUUUACUGAAGAAAGGUGAAGCAGUUCCAGCUUAUGCUAGGUUGAUGUCUGAUAAUGAUGUGUUAUCAUGGCAGAAAAAACGUAUAGAAAAUCAUCAACCUCAAAGCGAAAUUUUUGUCUUCAAGUAUGGAAUGCAUAUCUUAACUGGUGUUGCUGGCUUAUCGGGCUUUAUAAUCAAUACAAAUAUUCGUAAAAACUUCAGACUUGGCACACUGCGGUCAAUGUUUACCUAUAUACCAUCUGUGGUUUUAACUGGCGCUUUAGCAGGCGUGAUUCAUCAAUUUGGUAUCAAGGACCGUGUACUUGUAGGAAAGGAAUAUUGUUCAUUAUGUGUUUCACUUCGAUCUGGAACUUACCAGUCUGUGAUGGGUGUGGCCUACUCAUUUUUGGUUUCAUUUUUAACCUGUCUUCCCACAGCUAGGGAGAAUUACACAUUACCAAUGCCAGCCACUCAAAAAGGUCUGGGGUAUUUAAAGCUAUUAAACACUAUAUCACCAAAGUCAAGCAUUUUGUUAUCGUUAAUAGCAGCAAACAUGGUUUUUGGUUGUGUGGUUGGACAACAAGAGUUUUCAGUGUUUUUAAAUCAUUUAAUCCAGCGACCCCCUAGUGAAUUUUUCAUUGACAGAAGCUUUGUACGAGAUUAG